UAAACAUCACAAAGUUUGUGCAGAACUCCGGAGCACGAUGUCCUCUCCUGGUAUAGGCACCCCAAGUGACCCUCUCCUACCUAGUCCUGGCCAAGACGGCUUUGGGCAAGCCCAGGGUGCCACAUGGAAGCCGACUUUGUCAAAAACAUGCAGCUUCCCAACGUCUACCACACGGCACCUCAGCCAUCGAGCCAACAGCUUUCAAAGGCACCCGAAACGGCGAAAGCUAAUACGGCCAUCUCCGCCACCUCCACCUAAUACACCAUGCCCUCUGGAGCAAUUGGACCUCAGCGACCUGCCUCCACGUAGAACUUUUCUUGAACUACUCUUCAAUGGCUGCAUACUGUUUGGCAUUGAGUUUAGCUAUGCCAUGGAAACAGCAUAUGUUACCCCAGUGCUUCUUCAGAUGGGCCUGCCCGAUGAGUUCUACAGCCUUGUGUGGUUUAUCAGUCCUAUAUUAGGGUUCCUUCUUCAACCAAUCCUUGGAGCGUGGAGUGAUCGGUGUACAUCCCGCUUCGGACGAAGAAGGCCUUUUAUCUUUGCCUUAGCAAUUGGGGCUCUGCUUGGUCUAACGUUUGUACUAAAUGGAAGGGACAUUGGCUCAGCAGUGGCAGACACUGCUGUCAAUCACAAGUGGGGCAUUGUGCUGACAGUGUGUGGAGUGGUUCUGAUGGACUUCAGUGCUGACUCGGCUGAUAACCCCAGUCACGCAUACAUGAUGGACUUGUGCAGUCCAGAAGACCAGGACAGAGGUCUCAACAUCCAUGCGCUACUAGCAGGUCUUGGUGGCGGAUUCGGCUACAUUGUUGGCGGGGUGAACUGGGACAAUACUGAGUUUGGCAAGUCUAUGGGAGGUCAGCUUCGGGUCAUCUAUCUAUUUACCAGCAUAACCCUUGUAAUCACAACAGCUUUGACACUUACUAGCAUCCCUGAGCGACCUCUACUACAGUCUCAGAACAAGAGCUCCAAACACCUAAAGAGCCCUAUCCUUCCUCUUCCAGCUUCUCCUCCUCCACCUGCUGGAGCCCUUCAGGACGAGGAAGAGGAGGAGGGCGGUCUAUACAGCUACCAGUUCUCCAAUCAAAGGUACCCGGAUUGCUUGGGCCACUCAUGCAGUGCUAAUGCCAGGCUCUGUGCAGGUCUGAACAGUCCCAUCUCCCCUCUCAGCCCACUGACACCAAAAUAUGGCAGCUUUAUCAGCCGGGACAACACUCUAACCAACAUUAAUGAAUUUGCGUCAUCUUUGGGAACAUCGUACAUCGACAGUGUACUAAUUGACUGUUACACUGGACACCAAAUGCCCAAACUUUUGGAGCCUGAGUCCAUAGCUCCACCUAUCGCUAUGUUAGACACUCCCAAUGCCCAGAUGUCCCAGCCAAUCAAUGCAGCCUCUCCAGCUAGUAGUUCACAGGUAGGGGAACCAUCACAAACAAAUGGAGAUCUGCAGGGAACGGAAAGAAUAGAAGCCGUUCCAGCUAUUGAACAUUUGGAGCCGAGUGAAAUAUCUGAACUCAGUGAGACUCCACAGGAUGGUGGGGGAUUAAAGCGAGGCUGUAGCACCUCAGGGAUCCUUAAACGCCCACAGAGCCUUGCCCUAAUAAAUGAGCCACUGAUGUACCCCAGUAAUGGCCUGGAGAAUGGGCGCAGACGCACUGUUACCUUUAGCCAGCAGGUGGCCAACAUUCUCCUAAAUGGGGUGCGAUAUGAGAGUAACCUCAGUGAAAGCACAGAGACUGUAGAUACACAAAUGUCAUUAAAGCUGCUUUGUAUUGCCAUCUAUAGGAUGCCCCCAUCCCUUCGCAGCCUUUGCACCAACCACUUUCUGGGCUGGCUGUCUUUUGAGGGCAUGCUGCUUUUCUACACUGACUUCAUGGGUGAGGUGGUGUUUGGAGGCGACCCAAAGGCACAGCACGACUCAGAAGCCUACCAGCGCUACAACGCCGGGGUCAGCAUGGGCUGCUGGGGCAUGUGCAUCUAUGCAUUUAGUGCUGCUUUUUAUUCAGCAAUCCUGGAGAAGCUGGAAGAGCAUUUUUCACUACGCUCACUGUAUUUCUUUGCAUAUCUUGCAUUUGGUUUGGGCACAGGCCUGGCCACGCUGUCCACCAACAUCUACGUUGUGCUGUCUCUGUGUGUCACUUACGGAGUGCUCUUCUCAUCCCUCUGCACACUGCCUUACUCCCUGUUGUGCGAAUACUACCAGAGUCCGCAGUUCUGUGGCUCUUCGGAGGAUGGCACCAAGAGGGGCAUGGGGGUGGACAUCUCUCUGCUCAGCUGUCAGUAUUUUCUAGCCCAAAUUUUGGUCUCUGUAGCAAUGGGCCCCCUUACCUCACUGGUAGGUGGGGCUCAAGGCGUGAUGUACUUUUCGAGCUUGAUGUCGUUUGUGGGCUGCCUGUACUCCUCGCUGUGUGUGGUGUACCAGCUGCCACCUCCAGAGGGCAGAGCGGACGUUGAGACCGGAGUGUGACUGACUACAGCUCGGCUGUAAUGGAGUACGGUGCCUGGUACAGAGGAGACAAGCCAAAUUCUCUGAACUAAAGUGGACUCUUCAGAGCACUCCAAUAUGGGACUUGGGAGACUAUCCAAAGGAUAUUAGCUUUCCCCCCACUAGGGGGCCUAUUUCACACGUUUCACUGCAGGCUAAACAAAAUGUCGAACUGUUCUGCACUGUGCUGAGGUGCCAAGCUUUCUUUUUUCUUUUGUAUUACAUUCAGUCCUGAGCUCAGACCGUCUCAGGUGCUGCAGGAAAUUCUGAUCACUUAAUCUGGAACGGCCCCAGGAAACCUGAACAAACGAAUAAAGCUUACAGUACUAUCUACACUCUGAUUCUCAGUAAAGCAUGUUUAGAGAUAUUCAUGUUGCACAUCUGUAACUGUACAAGCAAUAGAAAAUGAGGUACAAAUUCAAAUAAAUAUUUUUCACAG